UGAAUAGAGAGUUUUGCAGAACCGAGUAGACGUAUUAAAUUUUCACAACCUCCCAAGCCAACCCCCCAAAUAUUCUUUACUUUCUUCCAAUGCUUUCUCUCUGGUCUCAACUCAAACCCUAGAAAAAUAUUACCUUUAGAUGCAAAUGAGGUUCCUUCACAAGUUUUAGAGACAACCCUGUUCUCCAAAGAUCCCAGAUUUAGCUCCAACCCCAUUCCCAGCCAUGGCUUCAUUAUCCAUUUCUUGGCAUUUUACUUCUUUGUCACUCCUCAUUCUCUUCUUUAGAGCCUCAGCUGUUGACUCAAAUUCUUCAUUUUCUUUCCCACAGUUUGGUAAAGAUCCUAAAUUUUCCUCCAAAUUAUCUCUCUAUGGUGAUGCAAAGGUCGUUCACGGUGAUAAUGAUGAUGUUGCUGUUCAAAUCACUGGUAGAGUGAGUUCAAGUGCUGGCCGAGUCCUUUACAAGAAACCCAUCAAGCUUGUUGAAGAAGGUAAGCCUCAGAAAUUGGUGUCCUUUUCGACUUACUUCUCUUUUGCACUUUCCCCUGGAACUGGGAAUGGUUUGGCCUUUGUUAUGCUUCCAACUAGUUUUAGUGUGAAAACUUUCUAUAAUAGCUCAUAUGGGCUUCCAAUGGGAUUUGUUGAAAAGGGUAAAUCUAAGAUUGUUGUUGUCAAGUUUAGUACCUUAAAGGAUGCUAAGAAUGAUGAUUUGGUGAAACUUCAUGCUGGAAUUGAUGUGGGUAGUUUUGUGUCAACAAAAGUAAGAAAUUCUUCAACCAUUGAUUUGACCCUACACAAUGGGAACAAGUCUUAUGCGUGGAUUGACUAUGAAGCUGGUUCCAAAAGAUUAGAAGUUAGAUUGAGUCAAUUUGGUGAUGCUAAAGCUAAACCAACAGACCCUUUGUUCUGGUACCCAAUUGACUUGUCAAGAAUGUGGGAGAAUGAGGAAGCUUUGGUGGGUUUCAGCUCUGAUAAUAAGAACUCAUCUCAAUCAUGUUAUGUCUAUUCUUGGAGAUUUGAACAAAGACAUGUUCCCCAAUGGAUGCAUUCUGAACCAUUGGAUCCCAAGGCCAUAGCUGUGAAUUCUAGGCCUAUGAAUGUUGAGAAGAGCAAAGAUUGCAGAACUAAAAUUCUUUCAUCCAUGACUUUGGGGGCUGCUUGUGGAGCAUUAGCAACCUUCGCAGUAUUGUAUUUGUGGACCAUGUUUGGGAAGAAACGUCCUGUGGUGCCAGAAGAGUUGGCUGUGAAGUCACAGCCUGUGGAUUUCGAGUACAAGAAAGUCAAAGUAGUAGUUGUAGAUAACACCAUCAAAGAUGGUAACCAGUAGAGAUGAAUGUGUUUGAUAAUGAAGAAGAAGAUCUAUUGUAUGCUUUUGUGUUGUAAAUCAGUCCUUUUUUUGUCUCUUUUCUUUUUGGGGUACUUCUGGUUUUGUUGUGUUAUUAUUAACUUGUGAUAUGGCAUUUAAAUUUGUCAAAAUGUUAGCAUUAGAUUUUGUUACAUAUUAUGCAUUAUAUGGAAGCACUUGGAUUCAACUCAGGAAAAUGAAAUAUUGUAGUACUUAAUCCUCU